GACAGCAUAGGGUGACAGGCAAUUGCUAUGCAGGAAAACAAAAAAGAGAAAGAAAACAAUCCUGAAAUGCAACCACCUUCUCCACAAAGAACAACCAUGCCUCGUGUUUCAAUACGCCGGGCUUAUGUCACUGUUGGUAUCUUAUUCUUGAUCAAUUUACUCAACUAUAUGGAUCGCUUCACCGUGGCAGGUGUUCUACAAAAGAUCACAAGUUAUUUCAGCAUAAAUCAUUCCUUAGGAGGCCUUCUCCAAACAAUAUUUAUUGCAAGCUAUAUGAUAUUUGCUCCAAUAUUUGGCUAUCUUGGUGACAGAUACAGUCGCAAGUUCAUUAUGAUCUUUGGCCUUGUUAUCUGGUCCUUAACAACAUUUCUUAGCACACUAGUUAAUAAACACCAAUAUUGGCUUUUCUUUGCUUGCCGUGGCUUUGUUGGUAUUGGUGAAGCUAGUUACUCUACUGUAGCCUCAACUGUUAUUGCUGACCUUUUUGUUUCUGGGAGAAGAACACAAAUGUUGGCUUUGUUUUAUUUUGCAAUCCCUGUUGGCAGUGGUCUUGGAUAUGUUGUUGGUUCAAAGGUAUCUUCGGCAUUUGGUGGUGACCGCAAUUGGGUGUGGGGACUAAGAGUAACUCCAUUCUUGGGUGUGCUUCUUAUCAUCUUGUGCUUUAUAUUUGUUGUUGAACCUGUCCGGGGGCAAAUUGAGAAGAGUCAGGGUGAUAUUGUUGCAGACGAGAAUGUUAUCAUUCGUCAUUCAUAUUUGAAUGAUGUGAAACAUAUGUUACGCUGCAAAACCUAUGUUUGGAGCACAAUUGGUUUUACAUUGAUGUGUUUUGUGACUGGAGCAUUAGCUUGGUGGGCACCAGAAUUUGUGGCGUAUUCACAGUCUGUUUACUAUGGUACUGAUAUCACACAAAAUGACAAGAACAUCAGUCUCAUAUUUGGUGGUAUCACUGUAGCUUCAGGAUUUUUGGGGGUUGCCAUAGGAGCAGAACUGUCACGUAGAUUCAGACCACGUUAUGGUGAAUCUGAUGCUGUGGUCUGUGCAUUUGGUCUUCUCUCCAGUAUACCAUUCUUGUUUAUGACAUUGAUCUUGGCUUCAAAAUAUAUUGUUCUUUCUUAUAUUCUCCUGUUUUUUGGUGAAACUCUUCUGUUCAUGGUUUGGUGUCCUGUGGCUGAUAUGUUGCUUGCAGUUAUUCCUCCUCAGUACAGAGCAACAGCAUCAGCAUUGCAAAUCUUGCUAUCACAUUUGUUAGGAGAUGCUGGCAGUCCUUAUAUUGUGGGUUUGGUAACCGACCGAAUACAAGGUUCAAACAAUUCAAACAAGGCUAAUCAUCGAGGACUUCUCUAUUCAUUCUUCAUGAUGCCUUUUAUCACAGCAUUAUCAGGAGCUUGUUUUCUUAUCUCCUCGUUUUAUCUGGUUAAAGACAGAGCUGUUGUUAAAGCAAGCGUUGCUGGACAUUCUGAAGAGAACAGAACCUUGCUUAAUCAUGGUGAUUAUGAUAACAGCAGUGCAGAUGGUGACAAUGAAGAAGAGAUUGAAAAUGGUGAUGUAACCAGUGAGGUCGCUCAUGAUGAUGUAACCAAUGACACUGCACAUGAUGACAGACAAAACUGUGAUCUUGAAGACAAUGAUGUUAGUGUACAAUGCAAUUCAUCAGGUGCAGAUAAUGCAGAAGAGGGGCAAAACGCUCUAAUAAAGGUUUAAUAAACUAGGUAGAUAGAUUUAUGAUUGAAUGAUUAGAUUAUUUUAUAAGAUACCAUGGAAUUUCUACAUGAUCAUUGAUGCUCGUCAGUAAUACUGAGAUUAGCAAAUUUACAGUGAAUAAUUAAACACAAAUAUGAUAUAGGUCAAACCUAGCAAGCAUUAGCUCAAUUACUUACAGAUACAGAACAAAAGGUCUUAAAUGUGUGUAUUCAUUCACUAGGCAUAAAGUGUAUUAUGCUCUUUCACCUAUAAUUUAUAUUUAAAACAUCUACAGCCCUCAAAAAUAAUUUUAUUAAUCUGAGACAAAUACAGAGUUAGAUAUACUACAUAACAUAUGACUGUAAAAUAUGAAUUUAUUUCUAUUGGCAAAAAUAAACAUGAGACAUUGA